UUUUUUUUCAUUAUUAUUACUAGGCUUCAUUAACUCUCUUUUAAUAUAUCUAUAAUAUACCUAUGAGUUUUCAAAAACUAGAUAAUCAAGGUAAAAUGGUUCAGUAGUAUCACCAUUUUCAUUAUUUCAAGAGGAGAAAGGGAGGGUGUUGAUCUUCAUACUGUUGCCACUUUUUUUUUCUUUGCCCGCACUGGCUUUCUUUUAUCGGCGUCUACGUAUCCCCGUUCAUUUAACUAAUGGUCAGCUUUUUCGCACAAUGUUAGAUGUCAAACAGUCAGAUCAACCAUUGUAUUCACAAAAAGAAGAUAAUUUGAACACAAGGGAUAGCAACGAUUCUACUCCACAAAUGUCAGACAGCGAUGAUAACAAUAAUGAAAUUGCCGUUCAAGGAUUUGAGCGUUUUCGAGAAAAUAGUACAAGUUCUGCAGAAGACGCGACCAGAAUACUCACUGGGAACAAAAAUAAACAUUGUUCUACGACCCCACCAGGAGCCAUAGCAACAACAUCCACUUCAACAUCAUCAUCGUCCUCCUCAUCAUCCACACAGACGCCACCACUGUCAGUUACAGCAGCACCCACAUCACCACCACCGCCGAAUGAUUCCAUUGCUGAAUAUUGUGCAGAAUCACUUUAUAGCUACAGUUUCACACCUCUUUCACGAGUGCAUAAAGCAGCCAAAAUAAAAAGACAGAUUCUAAGCCGUGGAAUGGAUUACAUGCAGCGUAUUCGAUGGAAAACAGGCGAGCGUGAUACCGGCAGGCGAUUCUCACAGCCGGAUAUUGGCGUGCUGGACCAAAAUAACGAUUGGGUCGAAACACCCAGUGAAACGCUACGAUUCAAUAAAUAUCCUGUCAUCCGUGAAAUGGACACAACCGCCGUUUCAUCGCCACCAUCGCCACUCGCAACAACGAGUAUGGCCACCACGGCUAUUGCCAAUGGCAACUCAGCCUUUCCGCCCUCUCCAUUGAACCCUUCCUUCAACGAUCAACGCCAUCAACAACAACCAAAGCCUACCUUCAAAAAUGCACUAAACAAUUCUAUCAUGCCAUCCUCCCCUACUCUGUCAUCACCCAUUCCUACCGCCGCCAGACGACACCCUACUCGUUCACCUUUGGCUUCGUCGCAUACAAAAAAUGAUGCAGAUGAUGCAGAUGAUAAUGACGGCUUUCAUCUUUCUCGACGACAAACCAUUGAUGUGUACAACAAUUUACCUCCUAUUUAUGAGAGUCCGCGUGAUGCAACGACUACUACUACUACGACUACUGCGACUGCUACCAGUACUCCUUCGGGCACGACAGAGGAAGUCUUUCCAGCUUUUAUACAAUAUUCCAGAGCACUACAUGCUCCUUCCAGGUUUUUGCCCCAAAAUCAAGCCAUCUUAACCACCGAUGCGGAUGCUACCAUUUUAUUAUUCAACGAUAUGGCCAGUUUGUGUUUCGGUAUCGAUAAAUUUUACAUCGGCAAAUGUAUUUUAAACUUGCUGAAAGAGCCAUUCAAAAAGCAGAUUGGUAAUAUCAUUCGACGUAGAGGACAUCCAUCCUCCCCGUCUUCAUCAUCACCGUCACUUCCUAUAUCAUUGACCAGCAAUACAAAGACCUCCAAUAAGGGUCAUGUAUUAGUAUGUGGUGUGGUUGUCCCCAUUGCUAAAAUGACAGGUGAAUCUUCUGCCGCUUCAUUGUGGUUGAAAGAGAAAAAGACAGAUGAGGGAAAGAAUAUUUACAUUUGGAUUUUUGAGGAAAUUUAUGAAAUUUCACUUUCAUUUCGAAUGGAUAAUGAGGGCAUUGUGCGCGACAUUCAAGGAAAAACGAAAGAUCUUUUUGGAUACGAGUCCGAUGAGAUCCUCGGAGAACCCAUCACCAAAUUGAUACCCGCCUUAUCACCUUAUACCAAGAGCGAUACUCCACCUGCUGCUGACUUGCAAAGAACGGCAGAUUCCUACAAGUUCUUUGGCGGUCGAUCCAAACUAGGGAUCUGCUUCCCUCUCAUGGUCAACCCGAGUGCAAGCACGCCGCACAAGAUCAAGAUCUAUUCUUCGCCUUCCAUCGCCGGCAUGAUCAACGUGCAUGGCAGCAGCGGUAAAAUUCAAAGCAUCAAUCCUGUACCAGCAAAGUAUCUGUUUGGUUAUGCUCCGGAUGCCCUCGUCGAGAAAUUCAAUAUUGACCAGCUCAUCCCCCAGUUCUCCGACAUCAUUGCUGGCUUACGUCGCUGCCACCUUCUGCAGUACGCCUGUACGGUCAACAACCACGCCUGUCGAUGGGUUAUUUCGGAUUUCUACGCCGUCGACAAGUACAAAUCCAUGGCCGUCGACAAAUCGCUCAAGUCGCUCGAACGUCAACCCUCCGUGAGCGCCAACGGACAGACCCUACCGAUCAUUUAUGCUAUCCACCGUGACGGCAGUAAAUUUGACGUGCAUUUGCAAUUACGUUUGAUGAAAAGCGAUCAGGAGGAUAUCAUUACUGUAUGGGUGACCUUUGAUCGUAUUCAUUCGGUGAGAAAAGCAAAACGAGCAGCUCAGCUGCAGCAGCAAGUCAAGCAAAAAUUUCAAAAGACCACCCCAGCGCCUAGUCGUCCUAAAAACUGGGAUAGCGCAACGAACAGCACAACGACACCGAUGGCCACCUUGGCUUCCGAUCAAUUGUCUCAUCCUCUAAGUUCGGUCAACCCCUCUGCGGCUCCACGCCAAUUACCGCCACCGAUUGUAACUACACCGUUGUCGGACGAACCUCCAGCGACACCUAUACCCACCAUCAAUAGAGUGAACCGUUUCACAUCAUCGACCCCCCAUGUAGAUAGUAACAACAAAGAAAAAGACAAUCUUUCUCCUGAAAAACGCGAACCAGUGGAAAUGCCAAAACCAGAAUCGAGAAGACGACCACCCGUCAGACCCUAUGGCAUCGCCUCUUUUGGUGCAGUCGAUCAAAAUAAAGCCUUAUUCCCUGAAGGCGUCCAAGAUAGAAAACGACAAGAAAGUCAAUCGCUAGCUAACGUCAGUCAGUUCAUGGAAGCAGGACAGUCUGCAUCUGAAAGACGAUCCUCCUCCUUGCCACUUCAGCCACCGACAACCACGCCACAGCAUCCUCUGGAUGCUUAUCAGAUCAUCGGGACAUUGGGUGAGGGAGCUUACGGUACAGCGAAACUGGCUUACCGUAUCGAUGAUCCGACGCAAACGAAAGUGGUGAUCAAAUGCAUAGCCAAGUCGAGAAUCAUUGUCGAUUCCUGGAUCCGAGACCGUCAAUUAGGCUUGAUACCACUUGAAAUACACAUUUUGAAAAAACUAAAAGAACAGCCACAAGUCAAUUGCUGCGCUUUGGAAACCUACAUGGAGGAUGAAGAUACCUAUUACGUCGUGAUGAAACUGUACGGCGUCAGCAGUAUGGAUCUUUUCGAUUACAUCGAAUUGAAUGAAAAUAUCAAUGAAGACGAGAUCAGGAAUAUCUUUCGACAAGUGGCCUUGGCCGUGGACCACAUUCAGAGUUUACGGAUAGUGCAUCGUGAUAUAAAGGAUGAAAACAUCCUGUUGGACGAAACAGGCUGUGUUCAUCUGAUUGAUUUUGGAAGCGCUGCCUACUUUAGAGAAGGACGAACGUUCGAUACGUUUGGUGGAACCUUGGAUUAUUGCGCACCAGAAAUACUGAAGGGUAUGCCCUAUGCAGGUCCUCCCCAAGAUAUCUGGAGCCUAGGCACCCUCUUAUACACGCUUAUCUAUAGAGAAAACCCAUUUUAUAAUGUAGACGAAAUUCUAGAACAUGAUCUGCGGAUUCCCUUUAUUCUAUCCGAAGGGUCGUUGGAACUUAUUAGAAAGAUGUUAAAUAGAGACGUAGAAAAGCGAUAUACAAUCAAAGAAGUGCUGGCACAUCCUUGGUUAAAUGUUUGUAAUGAAACAAACAGUAGCAAUAAUGCAUCGUUGACGAAUGGAAAUACUGUAAAUAACACGAAUCAGAACCAUGAAAAUAAAGUGUAACUGUAAUGAUGGACAUAGUAUAUACAUGUCUAUAGAGAACAAAAUUGACACUGUCGAGUCGUGACAAAAGUUAUAAGAAGGAAUAUUUUUCCAGCGAUACAGAACAGAACGCUUACCAUCAUGUCAUUUAACAAUGUAAGGGCUGACCAAAUUUGAAGGGGAAGUCACCCCAACACUCUGUAUCCGUUUCAUUUUUUUCGAUUAAAAAAGGCUUGUUUGAGAGCGAGACAGAGACAUUUCUCCUUUGUCGCUGAGAAUCAAUAAUUUUAAUUCUUCAAGGCACUUGCACAAAGCGAACAAGUUGGUAAAGAAUACAAAUUGUACCUUUUUACAGCUAACAAUUUGUGUUCAUUUUGUUAAAAACGUCAUCGUUUUUUACAACCUUUUUUUUUUUUUUUUUUUUUUUU